UGCCCUUUUCCUUUUGUUAAAGAAGAUGAGAUCUUUAUGAGGAAAUGAGAAAUCCCUAAAGACAAGCUCACCCACUUCAUCUCUCUGUCUCUCUCUCUCUCUGCGCUCUUUUACAUCCCUAUCUUAAUUCAACAACUCACGCUUUUCCUGUUCUUUCCUCACUUCAUCUUCGAAAGCUCCUUUUAUCUCUGAGCCCCGAGUUCUCUGAAAUCGCUUAGUUUCCGAGAGUGUUGUCUUUUGUUUAUUCAGAAAUCGCUUUGUCUUGUAAGAGGGAAGUUCCACUCUACUCUUCUGGAACCGUGGGUUGACUUUGAUUUUUCAAGUUUCUGCAACUGGGUUUUCUUUUUUGGAGUUCAGUUUGGGUUCUUGGCUGUUGAGAAAUCAGCCAAUUUCUGAGAAAGUCAAGGUUUUUGGUUUCUGCAAGUGGGUUUUAUUUUUGGAGGUCUGUUUGAGUUCUGGGCUACUGAGAAAUCAGCCAAAUUUCGAGAAAGUUAAGGUUUUUGGUAUCUGGGUUUGAUUUGUAUUGGAUUUCUGCAAGUGGGUUUUUUUGGAAUUAGAGGUCUAGUUCAUGAAAUCCAUCCGUGGAUUUCAUGUAAGACUGAGUUUUUGUUAUUGGGGUUUGUUUUGAAUUGUAGAGAAAAAAAAAAAAAAAAAAAAAGGAGAGAGAAUGAAAGCUGGGAAAGAUGAGGAGAAGAUCAUGGGGCCCAUGUUCCCAAGGCUUCAUGUUAAUGAUACAGAGAAAGGAGGGCCAAGAGCACCUCCAAGGAACAAGAUGGCUCUCUAUGAACAGCUAAGUAUUCCCUCCCAGAGGUUCAAUACGGGGGUUUUGCCUCUUACACACCCAAAUAACACUAGCAGUAGGGUUCUCCCAGCAUCCUCAAGCCAGGGGAGUGGCCUUGAAAGAAAUUUUCACUUUCCGCUUCACGAUCCUUCACCAACGCCGACUCACCGGGCAGAGACAUUUCUUGCUCAACAAUCUGAAGGGUCAAGUUUGAACAACUCAUUGGCACAACUUGAGCAAAGAAACGGAGUAGGAGAUGAAGAUGACUUUCUUGUUCCUGUAUUUGUUCAAUCAGGGGCAGGUAGUAGAACUCAAAACAGUGUAGACAGGGAAAAACUCACUCCCUUUAAUCCUAGGUAUUCUGGUCGUUCCAUAAAACACCAAAAUGUUUGUGAUAAGGAUCCAAAAUUAAUGACCUCCCUGGGUCCUGAUUUGAGAAAAGAAGUGAGAUGUGAGAUUGAAGAGGUCCCAAAAGUGAGUGGUCCAAGUCAUUCAGCAAAAUCUAAAACAAAUCUAUCAACCAAAGAAAAGAUUGAAGGGCUUGUGAAGGAGUCUAAUGCAAUUCCAGAUCAAGAGUAUCAAGAUUUCCCUGUGACUAAUAUAUGCAAUUUAGAUGAUUCUGAUUUACAACAAGAGUUCAGAACCAGGUCACAGCCAAUUGACAAUGGACUUGUUGGGUCUAUAAGGGAGGGAGAUGUUGCCCAUCAAAGAAGAGUCUCUCAUUGUAGGGAGGAUGACAGCAGUCCCAAUGAGGCUGAUAAUGACUUUCAAUAUUGUGGAGACAGGUCAAAUGUGUCACUACAAAUGGCAAACGUAGACAAGGGUGAUGAUGUCUCUGAGACCUCCAUGGUGGAUUCUAUAUCAGGCUUGGAUAUCUCUCCAGAUGAUGUUGUUGGAAUGAUAGGUCAGAAACAUUUCUGGAAAGCAAGAAGAGCGAUUGCCAAUCAGCAAAGAGUAUUUGCCGUGCAAGUCUUUGAGUUGCAUAGAUUAAUAAAGGUCCAACGACUGAUUGCUGGAUCUCCACAUCUUUUGCUUGAAAAUGGUGCUUUUCUGGGCAAAUCUUCAUUGAAGGUUUCUCCAGCAAAGAAACUUCCAUCUGAUUAUGUUGUGAAACCACCAGCACACAUCACUAAGCGCAAAGAUAAUUCUGAGAAGCCAAACCAUAAAAUGGAAUGUUCUGCGGAAAAUGCAGUUGGGAAGACAUCUCUUUCCACUGUGAAAAAUGGUAGUCAGCCUUCAAAUUUCGGGCCUUAUCUAGAAAACUCACAGCCAUCACCAGCAGCUACUGAUGGUAAAAUGGGUCCUUGGGGUUUUCAUCAGUCACCCGGGCAUCAAUGGUUGAUUCCUGUAAUGACUCUGUCUGAAGGGCUUGUAUACAAGCCUUAUCCUGGACCUGGGUUUAUGGGAACAGUUUGUGGAGGAUGUGGACCUUUCAGUCCAGCUCCCUUGACAGGUAACUACAUAAAUCCAAAUUAUGGGGUUCCAUCUCCUCAUCAUCAUCCAGGAAUUGGCAUGCUUCCCGGUACUGCUCCAAUUGGUCAUACGUACUUCCCUCCAUAUGGCAUGCCAGUCAUGAAUCCAGCCAUGUCAGGUUCAGUAAACCGGUUUGCUGGACCUGGUUCACAUGGUCAAACUGGUCAGUUAUCAGGAGGGGAAGCCAACCCUAAUAUGCAGCAUCAGAGUUCAUGUAAUGUGCCAAAUCAAAAAAUUAGAGCUGCUUCACAAGCUGUGAAAUUUCAGGUAUCUAAAGACUCUGAAUUUCAAGGAAGCACAGCAAGUAGUCCCAGUGAGCGAGCACAAAGUGUUGAGAUUCGUCACACUGCAGAUGGGAGAGAUGCACUAUCCCUUUUUCCUAUGGCUCCAGCAGUCCCAGAAGCAGCUCCUCAGCCUUGUGAAACUGACCAGCCAACACGAGUGAUCAAAGUUGUGCCUCAUAAUCCUAGAUCGGCAACUGAAUCAGCAGCUCGAAUUUUCCAAUCUAUACAAGAAGAGAGAAAGCAGCAUGACUCAGUUUAGUUCAUUUAUUUGUUAAUCACCUUUUGGCAAAUGAUCAUGUGCUCAUCUAAGUUGGGGUGGUGCUUGGUCAUUUACUCUCUUAACUUUUUUUGGUAUGAUGCUUGUAAUGUGUUGUCUCUGUUUGUUUUAUAAUUGUGACCUACUUGUACAACGUAUUCAUAUGUAGAUAUGUUUCUCGAA